AUGGCGUCGCACGGCGGCGGCGGCGGCGGCCCGCACAAGUUCUUCAAGGUCCUGCUGCCCGGCUCCUUUGAGAUCAGCCUGUCCCUGCCGCCCAAGUUCGCGGCGAGCCUCGGCGUGUUGCGUUCAUGGCGCGCCGCCGCCAAGCUGCGGGACCACACGGGGAGGUCGUGGGACGUGGAACUCCGCCGAGACGCCGCCCACCGGGUAUGUUUCACGGGCGGCGGCUGGCGCGGCUUCGUCUCAGCCAACGCCGUCUCCGCCGGGCAGCUGCUGGUCUUCGAGCACCGCGGCGGCUUCGACUUCACCGUCGACCGGUUCGACGCCUCCGGCUGUUGUUGUGAAGAUGGAGGCGGACCUAUUAACAAAGUCGUUGAUGAGCACAUGACGACGAGAGGGACAGAGGCUGCGGCCGACAAGGAGUCCGGCAACAGCCGACGGCGGCCAGAGGCAGCGCCGGCGCCGUGCACCAGCGGCGUCAAGAGGAGGCGGCGGUCGCCCAGCACGGGCACGGGCACCACCGUCGUCUCCGGCGGCGAUGACGACGAGACGCUCUGCUGCCGCAUCGAGAGGCCCUACCAGCUGCGAAUCCUGGCCCUGAGCAAGAGCUUCUGCGACCGCGUCGGCUGGACGUCGUCGCGCGACGUCGUGCUCUGCGCCGCCGGUGACGGUGUCAGUGGCAGCAGGAAAGAGGAGAAGCGGUGGCAGGUGAGCGUGAAGAUGUCGGCCAAGAACGCCAUGAUUUGCGCAGGCUGGACGGAGUUUGCGCAGGACAACAGGCUCGCCGUCUCCGACGCCUGCAUCUUCGUGCCACUCCCUGCUCCAGCUUCAGGCUCCGACGACGUCCUUCAAGUCCACCUCCUCAGGGGCACACCUGUGGCCGCCUCUUGGACUUGA